GAUCGUACUAAUUAUUAAUUUUAUAUUAGAAAACUUUUAAUUGGUUCUAGUUUUGAAUUUUAAUGAAUUACCAUUUUACUGUGAAAUAAAAUUUUAUCAUUAAGAAAACUGUUAGAUUUUCACGAAGUUUUAUUAUAAGAAAAUAAGUUUUUUAAUCACUUCUUGCAGUGCUCUGAUAGAUAUGAAAAAUGUGUAAAUUUAAGCAUUCAAAACGUGUGUUUGCAGAAGGGUUAAUUUAAAUUAAAGUGUAUAAGAUGUAAAUAAAAUGGCUAAUGAGCCUUCUGGAAACACUACCAGACUAGAAAUUGAACUGCCAGCAGCGGAAGAUGAUGACGAAGGAGAAAAAACUACUAUUUCAUAUAACCAUCAGCUAGCGAUAAGCCUGGGCCAUGCUUCGAGUGCGGACGACUCGCAAAAUGUACCUGAAGUGCCCCCCGUCUCUGAAUCCGCAAUUUCCUUGCCGUCACAGUCACCGAGUACAGAUGCUGCUCCUGCUUUUAAUGCUUUACCUGAAACACCGUCUGAAGGUGGGGAGGCUGCGUCCUUUCACUUUGAAAAAGUUGGAAAUACGGCGAUCGUUAAAAGAACGAGGGGAAGGCCCAGAAAAGAUUUCCAGCGUCCCCCCAAACAUCAUCUCAGCCCAUCAUCUGUCACUGCUAAAGUAAUGAGAGGGCGUGGAAGACCUAGAAGAGAUGACAUUUUGCACCAUAAAAUCUUUCCUGGACGUCCAAGGUUUCGUGGAAGGAAGUUCCCCUCCUACAUAAUGAGUCUUCCAGCUGUACAAGUGCCUGGUGCACAGAGUAAUCAAGAUAUUUAUGAAAACAUAGAUACAUUGAGGGCAGCAUGUGAUGGUCCUGAAAAGAUGUUAAUUUCUUCAGAUGGUUUACCUGAUAAUGAGCUGAAAGUAAAGAAAUUCUGUGCGUUCUGCAAUUUAUCAGAGUCCAGCGUAUUGGGUCAAGGAAAAUUUGCAGUCUUCAAACCUACACCAGACUUUGACAGCAUUCAGGCUAUGAACGAGAAAUCUCUGACUAUCGCAAAACCCGAAGUACCUGAUGCUCCUCGUAAUGAAUUGAAAAUUUUAUUUAGGAAACAAAAAUCAGUUGAUUCUACAGGGGAACAGAUGAAAAUUCAGAGAUCAAAAUCAUUGCAAAAUUUGCAAGACCGGCCAACAAUUAUGAGUGACCUUAUACAAGAGCUUGAAGUGACAGGGUUUAAAUCUGUUCCAGAAUCUAAAAAUAUUUUUGAAACAAAUGGUGAAUUACAUGCUCAUUUCAAUUGUGCAGCUUGGUCCGAGGGUGUAACAAAGACAUUUGAGAAGAAAUUGUUUAAUGUUGAUAAAGCAGUUGUCACUGCUGCUUUUCAGAAAUGUAGUAAAUGUCAUCGCUAUGGUGCUUCAGUAAAAUGCUGCUUCUCUGACUGCACUAAGAUUUAUCACUAUCCAUGUGCAAUUGUUUCUGGUGCAUUACAGAAUGCCAAUUGUUUCAAAAUCAUCUGCUCUGUCCACCGAGAGCAUGCCUUUUCCUUUGGUGUCAUUUGUAUGGUUUGUCAUGAAAGUGGGGAUUUGUCGCAAUUAAUUUUAUGUACAUCUUGCGGCAGUUAUUACCAUGGAAACUGCAUGGAUCCAUCUAUAAGCCCAUCUCAUGAUGUAAGAGCUGGAUGGCAGUGCCUAGACUGCAAAGUGUGUCAGAAUUGUAGACGUUCUGAGGAUAUGAAUAACAAAAUGCUCAUCUGCAGUGCGUGUGAUAAAGGUUUUCAUGUUUUUUGUCUGAAACCUGCUUUGUCUUCGGUUCCAAAGAGUGGCUGGAAAUGUUAUGCUUGUAGGAAAUGUGGUGACUGUGGUGCGCGUACCCCAGGGAAUGGUCCAAGCUCAAGAUGGCAUAUGAAUUUCACAGUGUGUGAUAGUUGCUAUCAGCAGCGUAACAAGGGAAUUGCAUGCCCACUUUGUAAAAAAGCCUAUAGGCAAUUUAGUCAGCGAAAAGCUAUGAAGCACUGUACUAUUUGUCAGAAGUAUAUUCAUGAUGAAUGUGAUAGAAGAAUUGGAAUAAAUCCUAUGGAUUAUGUAUGCCCAAUAUGUAUGACUUCUGGGAAUCAAAUUACUGAUGACACAUAUGUAGAGCAUCAUAUAAAAGAUUCUUUUCAAGGCAGUUCUAGAGAUUCUUUUCUAUCUGGAAACGAAGAGUCUCAGUCAUCCGAAGAAUCCGAUUGUGUCAAUGAUACUGUUGCAAGUAAUAAAAUUCCAAGUAGAAGAACCAGUUCAGAACUAAGGCAAAAGAAACCUCCCAAGCCAAGAUUAAAAUCGCUGCAAGGACAAGAAGUUCUUUUCCCCAUGUCACAAUUGUUUUCACAGAAAGAGUAUAAAAUUGAUGAUGACGAUCCAACCGAGGAUAACAGAAUGGUUAUCGCUGCUGCCACAGAUGAAUUUGUUCUGUGCCAGGAUUUAUGUGUAAUGUGCGGUAGCUUCGGCAAAGGGGAAGAAGGCAAAUUGGUUGCAUGUGCUCAGUGUGGCCAAUGUUAUCACUCCUACUGUGCUAGUAUAAAGGUGACUUUGGUUGUGUUGAAAAAGGGUUGGCGUUGUUUGGACUGCACUGUUUGUGAAGGAUGUGGCCAACCUCACGAUGAAGGCCGCCUUUUGCUGUGUGAUGAAUGUGACAUUAGUUUUCAUAUUUAUUGCUUAGAUCCCCCUUUACAAGAAGUUCCUCAGGGUAACUGGAAGUGCAAAUGGUGCGUUGUGUGUACUAAAUGUGGUUCCAAGUCACCUGGACUUAACUGCGAUUGGCAACUAAAUUAUACUCUCUGUGGUCCAUGUGCUAGCUUCAGAAUAUGCUGCUGGUGCCAUCAGUAUUAUGAAGAGAACGAUUUGAUUGUUCAAUGUGGCAGAUGUGAAAGAUGGUUGCAUGGACUUUGUGAUCAAAUUGAAACAGAAGACCAAGCUGAUAAGUGUGCAGAAUAUGGCUACAAUUGCCCACAUUGCAGGUCACCAGAUGAGUUACCUCCACAUCUAUUGCCACCACCAAGUCCACCAACUCCAGAAGAACCCAUACCUGAAAAACAUCCUUCCCCUGUUUUGAAAAUCAAAGAACCAGAACCUCCUCCCCCAGUUGUUGUUAAAACAAAGCCACCUAUCCAAUAUUUUAUGGACGGUGUGUGUUUAUCAGAAAGUGGUAUGAAUUACAUUCGAUCACUUCAGUUAGAACAACCCAAGAAAAUUCCUCGUCCAAGGAAACCAAGACUUGGGAUGUUUGGUUUGCAGGACUCCACCCUUCAGUUUGAAAAAAUGGACACCACAACCCCAGCUGGUUCUGACGAACCUAAAAGUGAACAACAACAUACUUCCUUAGAACUUGGAUUAAAAGCAUAUGAUUUUGAAGAUGAUAAAAAAGAUAGUUCAGAGGCUAACAAAGAUGGUGUAUUUGAUGAUAAGAAGAAGAGGCCUAGGAAACUACAAAAACUAGGUAUCGGAGGUUUUAUUGUGAAACCUCGUGGACGUUGUUCCUCUACCAAAGACUCAAUUGGAGAAUCAGGUGAAAUAUCCAUUCCUGCAGCUGAACCUCCAGUUUCCACGCCAAGUGAGAAACUGAGUUUUGGAGCAGAAUCUGAUUUUGGUGGUGGGGACAAACCUAAAAGGAAGCGUAAACAAAAGAAAAAAACGCAGUUGGAUGAGAGUUUCCCAAGCUAUCUUCGAGAAGCCUUUUUUGGAAAGGAACUGUUAAUAUCUUGUAAAAAAUUAGGACGAUCUUCAGAGAUGAGGGAUGCCACUGAUAUUAGUUCUGAAAACAGCAGCAAUAAAACCAAACAUGAGCCCGAGCUUCCAAAAGCCCCUCAAACACCAUCGGCUGAGCCUCGAGUUAAAGUUCCUGCUGAUGUUAAGCCUCAGGAUGUGAAAGAUUUCCUAUCCACUGCUGCCGUCAGUGCUAGAGAAUUCACCAAUCCAAGUUUAACAUAUAAAAGUAUAAUAAAAUCAGAAAUAGAAAGCAUUAAAGAAGAACAGUUGUCGUCUGCAAGUUUGAAAGAGUCAGCUGGAUUGAAGUAUAAUAUGGAUAAUCCUCUAUCUAUUCUUUCCCCUGGCUUACCCGGAUCUCUUCUUAAUAAAGGAGGAGGACCUUAUCUUAUGCAACAGAGUCCCACACAUCAGUCUAUUUUGCAUCCUAACCUAUUACAAAAUCUUAACCAUCCUGAUUCAAAUAGUUCUUGGCCUGAUACAGAGUGUGACCAAACACAGAUGCAGAAGAACCUACUUAAAUGGGAAGCAGAUGAGCAACUUGGUCUACUCUCUACAAUAUCACCCGUCUUGUACGCAAACAUAAAUCUGCAACAUUUAAAAAUUGAAUAUCCAGCUUGGACAGAUAGGGUGAAGCAAAUUGCCAAAAUUUGGCGUAGUUUACCUCCAGAGAAAAGACAGCCUUACUUGCAAAGAGCUCGAGAAAAUAGAGCAGCCUCCAGAACUCAGAGAUCCAGCAGUACAGAUUCUGACAGAAGUACGAAAGAUAAAGCACCUGACAGUGAUUCAGAAAAGCAAUGGAAGCAGUUGCAACAUUUUAGGCAAAUGCAACAACAAGCUCAACAGAGACUUAUACAAGAACAGAGGCAAGCUGCUCUAAAAGCUCGAUCUGAAAAAGCAGAAAAUACUGCUGCUAUGGCUGAAUUGGAUAAGAAUAUCAAAUUGAUUCACUCAAAAUCCUUGUCCGAAAUUCCUCAAUUUCCUAACAGGACUGUAACCGAAGAAAACCUUGUACCUAAUUCGAGUAAAAUAAUCGAGAAAAGAUGGUCUUCUUCUGCAGUGGAUUUAAACUCUUCUGAAAAUUUGUUGCAGCAACAAACUAACAGACUUCCUACUGAAAACCACCCAUCCCUGCAAAAAUCAAUGAUGCAAGAUAGAGUGGCACAAUCUCUGUUACAUGUCUCUAAAGUCCGCGCACCGCUGGAAUCUUCCAUGUCUCUUAUGGAUGCAUCUCUGUCACCUUCUAACCCUAUAAAAUCUGAACCACCCUUUCAUUCUACACAGCCUUCACCAACCACCCAGUUUACCGCUCUUAAUAAUUCUAGGAACACAAAUCCUCUAUUGAUUUGUAGAACAGAUGGUACUAGAGUUGGAACACCUACCAUAAAAAAAGAAGCUGUAAAUACGCCACCACCUACACCUAGACCACACAGCUCAGAUUCCUUUUUUCAAAUGUCAACGUCACCUCAGUCUCAGCUUUUGGCAUCCUUGGACACUCACUCCCAGCCGACUCCAGCUCGUAGCAAAUUGAUCGGAACACCGAGUGCCUCGGAAGCUCAACAAAGCUCUACUGCUGGUGCUCAGGACACACAGUCACCGUCAAAGGUUCCAUCAUCACCGUCAGUGACACUUUCCAAUCUACCCCCAGAUAAUUCCAAAGUACACACCGCACAGAAUGCUUUACAUACCGUGGAACAAUUCCUUCUUCAGCAGCAACAGUCUUCUGGUAGUUUUCAAGCUUCUAAUAUUCUGAAACAGUUGCCACCCCAGUACAAAGACGCUUGUCUUCCUAUUACGAGUGCAUCGGAAAAAGAAGCAUUGCUCUCUCAGGACAAGCGACUGGAGGAACAAAACUUGGAAAGUAUGCUUCAAGCUAGUCAAGCGUCUUUGCCUUAUUCUAAUAGGCUUGCAGCUCAUCAGCACUUGAGAGAUCUCCUUCAAAACAAAGCUCCAGAUUCACCUUUGCCUACAAGGACGGAAGAUAAGAUGGUUAGAAGUGAGCCCAACAUCAUAUGUUCUGUUGGCAACAUCAAAUUAAGUGAUGUAAUGACAGAUUCGACCAAUCAAAAUCGUGCCUUCCAAACAGCCAUGGCUGCUGAGCAACAGACCAAUCGUCGACUAGACAUUCCUGAAAGACCAGAAUCCCAAUCAAGUUCUCACAAGGAAUUUUUAUUGGGGCACACUCAAAAAGAAUCCCAACAAUCCAGUUACAUGCCCCUCGCUGCUGUUGACCAAGAAAUGGAAGAUGAGUUGUGUGCUGACCCAAACACUAAAAAUGACCUCAUGAACGAUCUCGAGAACCCCCCUGAAGAAGAACAAGAUGUGUUGGGAGGUAACUGCAACCUUGAUGUUUUGAACGUUGGGGAUGUUGGUGAAUUAGAAUUGGAUGAUGAUGAGUUAUUAGGUCUUGGUAAUGAUUUUAACAUAUUGGAAUAUGCUGAUCCAGAACUUGAUAAAAAUUUAGGCGGUGAGGGAGAAAAGAGCAAUAUACUAGAUGAGCAUUUAGAUUUAGAUGAUAAAGAUGAGGAGCUUACUGAAGAAGUAAUAAAAGAGGAUGCGCAAGACAAAGAUUUACUUUCCCACGGUGAAAAGAAAGGCUUAGAAAUGGAAGGACGAAAGUCUGUCGAUGAGUCUAAAAGCAAUAUCUUAUCUGACAAUUUCUUGGACUUCAAUAAAAAAGAUUUAGAUAGCAGAUUCCAAAACUUACCAAAGAGUUUAGAUGGUCCAAUCGUACAGCAGAUGACCAGUACCGUCAAGGAAGAGCCUAAACAAGUUUUUUCAAGCUGUACUCUUUCCUCUCAAUCCUUCUCUCCGAGUGUGGACAUUAAAUUAGAAAAAUCUGCAAUGGAACAUUGCAACCGGCAGAAAACCCACAGUCUACCUUUUAAUCCUGAAGUUCAAAAUAUUUCUGCAUCGAGGGCAGAGGUUCAACAUCCAGAUCAGCUGGUUCCUCCACCAUCCUAUAGAAUGGUGACAGCCCUCAAACAGAGGAUGGGAGCUGUAGUACAACAACCAUCAUCUCCUCAGCAUACUUUGACGGUGCAGAACAAAAGUGUGUUCCCUCUGCAUUUAAAUAUGAACCUACGUCAAGAGCUUUCACUGGCACAGCAGAAUGUUCUGGCAGCAAAUGUUCAACAGAAUAAGCCACUUCUUCUGCAAGAACAGCCUUUACUCUUGGAGGAUCUUGUUGAGCAAGAAAAGCGAGAGCAGCGUCGUCAGACUCAAGAUGGGUUAAUAUCACCUCAUGGAGAUGCACUUCUAAGUGAUAUAGACUUUGAAAGGCUUAAGGAUGAUGUGUUUUCAGGCCCUCCUGAUGACAGCCUCGGUGGUCCCGGCUCUUUGUUAGGUGGUCACGACCCUACUUUGUCCAAUGCUGUGCCCAAUAUAAGUGUUCCAUCAUCUCCAAGCUCUCAUAAUUUUGGACCACCGCCCUAUUCUCUUUUGUGGCAAAAUCAGGAGCCACCUAACCCUUUGGCGGCUUCGAGGCAACUUACGAUUAUGCAAAAUCUGAAGACAAAGACUGCUGUUUCUACAUUAUUAGGAUCAUUAGGAAUGUCACCUGGAUCAGGAUUACCUCAAAAGGCAGCUCCAGCAAUUCCUGGUAACGUUGCUGCAACUCUAACUCAGAGUUUUGUCGUCCCUGCUCCCGAGAAUCCACCUCCAACUCCUGAGUCGCUCAUUGAUCCGGAAAAGUUGAAAUUGAUCAACUAUGAAAAGUAUUUAAUGCAACAGCAUUCCUUGCUGUCCUCUAGACAGAAGUAUUUUGAAACCGAAGUCAUUAAACUGAGGAAGGCUAAGAAAGCUUUGAAUGCUAAGCAGCGACAGCUGCGAAAGAAUGGAGCUGAGUUAGCAGAAAAUGAUGCUGUGGAGUUGGCUAGAGUCUCACAAGAACAGGCUGCCUUGCAGAAACAGCUUGAUCAGGUUCGAAAGCAAUCUCGUCAGAAUACUCUUGCUGUUCAAGACUAUCGCUUGAAACAGCAGAAACGACAACAGCAGCAGCAGCAACAAUUACAGCAGUCUCAGCAAGGAGUUCCGAGAAGUCCUUUGCAUCCAUCCGUGAGUUCUCUUCAAUCUUCCCCACAAAACUCACAAUCUCCUCACCAAUUUAAUGCUCCUCAGUCUCCUAUGGUGUCCCCUCUUGGUCCUCCCUCUUCUCUCCGCAUGCAACAUGCAACACCUUUAAUGCAAUCUCACCAGCAAAACAUACAUGCGCCUUUAUUUUCUCAGCAAUUACCCUUGCAGUUUCAAGUUGCCCAACAAACCAAUGACAAAAGUUGGGUGAAAAUGUCUCCACAGAAUGAUAAUUUGCAACAACAGGGUGAUAGAUUUGUAAAAAAAGAAAAUUUUGAGAAUACAUUGAAUCAACAAUCGUUUCCAGCUCCAACGACCACUGCCUCGUCUCUCAUGGAUACUAAUUUGAAAAGUUUGCUUGAUAUAAAGAAACUUCCUGAAGAUAUGAAUAACAAAAAAUUCUUUGAACAAAUUGCCACAUCAUCUGCAACUUCUGAUCCAUCUGAAGGUUCUAAUUUUCCAUCAAAGAUGGUUUCAGCAGAAGGAAUGCAAAUCACCUCCAUGCUGAAAGAGGAAAAAUCUUUAUCAGAUCCAUUAAAAGAUUCUGUGCUGCCUUACAAUACAAUUCAGAGGCCUGAAUUGCCUUCUAAAAUCAGUGACGUUAAGACAACAUUGCCUUCAAGUGAUAUAAAGGUAGAAAUCAAAGAUUUCCCUAAAGUAGCAGAUCAGCCAGUUAUUGACAACAGUAAACAAGACGUCAUCAAAACAGAGCAGCAAGCAAGUAACUCUGCAGAAGUAAGUCUUAUCACCAAUUUGGAAGAAAGCAGAGUAUCUGCUCCUUCUGAACCUCUCUCAUCUGCUGAACAAAAGCCUGGUUCUUUAAACUCAGAACCUCAGGAACUUGAAAAGAAAUCUGAGCAAGAUAAUAAACCUGAAUCCGACGAACAAAUUAAAACCGAUAUUUUAUUGAAUAUCAAACAAGAAAUUGUUGAUGAUGCACCAAGUUUGGUUGAGAACAGCACUUCAAAUAGAGUUGAAGAUAAAAUUAUGGAGAAAGAUGCAGAUAGUUCAACUAAAGAAAGCAAGAAAGAGGAAGCUGAUGGCUCCUCUGAUGAGGAAUUGAAAUAUUUGAAUUGUAUAUUUAAUAUUAAAGGCUCCUCUGAUGAGGAAUUGGAGAAUUUGACUAAAACUGUCGCUGACAAGGAAAGAGAGCAGGCAGAGCAAAAUGUGUUAUUAAAACAAUUACUUCAGAAUUGCCCAUCUGCUGAAACACCCAGGAAAAGUACUGAAAGUUUGUUGGAAUUGCAAAAAGAGGAUGAUCUUUCCAAGCUGGAUCUUCAGUUUGAUAUGGGCAGUUUGGAUGGAAAAGACAAGCUGGAUGAUGCAAAAGCAAAGAAGCAGUCUUAUUUGGAUAUUCGACGAGCCCAGUUAGAAAAAGAGCCUACCCCACCACCAGGAGAGAAACCGAAGCCAAUUAAACGUAAAAGACCGAAAAAGAAAAAAUUAGAAGAACCAGUAAAAACUGAAGGAGGAGUUGUUCUGAAAAAGAAAUGCAGGAGAAGCUCGUCAAAACUCGAAGAAGGGUAUGAGAACUAUGUUGAAAAUAUGAUGAAUAAAUUGACCACUUUGCCUCCUCUAAGGAUUAUUGAGCCCAAUAUUAAGCCCAAUUUUUCUGCUGUUCCUGUAUUUGGAUCUGGAGAUUUGAAUAUAAAAGAUAACCAAUUAAAAGGUAGACUUGGUUGCUCUACAAUUCCUGGACAAAAUGAUAUCUAUUCUUACCAUCCAUACACAAAUGAACACCCACCUUCAUUGUCCAUUCUACCACCUUCCUCCCCACCAUACAGGGGUUUCUAUAAUCAGGAGUUCCCUGGAAUGAAUAAAGCCAUUGAAAAAAAUGAAAUUGACACCUUAUUGAAGUCCAGUGAACUAGAAUCAAGUAACAAAAUUUUUAGGGAUGCUGGUAGCCCAGAUACUGUCAUCUCGUCCUCAUCACCAGAAAGCUGUAUAUUUGAACAGAAGAGCAAAUGGCCCCUCCUUGUCUUUGUUGAUAAGUUGCUUCCUGAAAAGAAAAGAAAUGGCUCUCCUGUUAUACCUCUCAUGUACCCUAUACCAAUAAGAGCUCAUACUAAAGCCAUCAGUGAAGCUGACAUAACAGAAAUGGACAUUGAUAAAGACAAAGAGAAUAUUCCAGAUGAGGACCCAGAUUUAGGCUUGCUGAAGACCAAGAUGUCUGGCUUAGGAGGAUAUUCUGCUCCCUUGAAAGAUUCUGGAAAUGUUGCUGUGACUUUGACUCUAACUUCUGCAGCAGCAGAAGACAUCUGUGGAGUGUUAUCUGCUCUUGCUGACCUAUUGAAAAUUCCUAUACCUGCAUCUUACGAAAUUGUUGAAAGAACCGCAACACCACCUAGUCAGAAACUUGGCUUGUAUCGUAGAUCUAAAAAUUCUGAAGUGAGCAUUCAUUCAUUAUUAAAUGGGAAACCCCGGUUUUGUCGGCAUUGCGACAUUGUUGUUUUGAGUGCUGGCAUAAGAAAAAAGGCAUCAGAUCUGGCUUGUAUGUCAAAAGAAGAACAGGAAGAAGAUGAAGUCAUCUUUUGCAGUACAAACUGCUAUAUGCAGUUUGCAUUGACUCACCGAUCAACUGCAGUACUUGAAGAAAAAGAAGCAGCUACCGUUGUAGAUCACAUUGGUGAGACAACUUAUGAGAAGAGCAAUGAAGAUUCCUUGAGUUCUUUCAUGGAUGAGAAGGACAUCUUGAGGACCCUGAAUGAGACUCCUGACAUCUCGAAGCUGGAAGCAAUGGACAUCGAUGAGAACGAAUCCAGUCUCAUGAUGCUUGGCAAGUCAGAGAAAUCAUUGGACAAUCCUUACAAUCUGGAUUUUGCUUUGGAAAGGAAUGAGGCAAUUGAUACUAUGUAUAGAAAAUGGAGGAGUAUAAAAUAUAGGUAUUUUUCCUCUGAUGGAUUAGCUAGCAUCAAACCCAGGAAAAGAGAAGAUUCUUCUGAGAAGGCUGGACGGCCAUUUUACCAUACAAUCAAACCUAGUCAAAUGCCCAAAGAUGAGAGGAAGUGCAUAUUUUGUCAUGGUGUUGGAGACGGUGAUACCAAUGGUGCAGCCAGGUUACUUAAUGUUGACGUGAACAAGUGGGUCCAUCUGAACUGUGCUCUGUGGUCGUACGAAGUUUACGAAACCGUGAAUGGGGCUUUGAUGAAUGUUGAAACCGCCUACAAGAGAUCGAGGCACAACAAUUGUACCUGUUGCCAUAAACACGGAGCAUCCGUUCGAUGUUUCAAGACCAGGUGUCUGAACAUAUACCAUUUUCCUUGUGCCAGAAAAGAACAAUGCUCUUUUUACAAAGAUAAGACAAUGCUGUGCCCUCAUCAUGCUCAUCGUGGUAAUAUUGAGAACAAAUUGGAUUCCCUCGCCGUGUUCCGAAGAGUGUAUAUAAAUAGAGAGGAACAUAAACAGAUUGCUAGCAUUAUGCAAGAUGACAAAUACUUAAUGCGCGUUGGAAGUCUGAUUUUCUUAAAUAUUGGUCAACUACUACCUUCACAGUUGCAAUCCUUUCACAACAAUACUUGCAUUUUCCCCGUUGGUUAUAAAGUGAUACGAAUGUAUUGGAGUAUGAGGAAAUUAGGUAGGAGGAGCCAGUACACGUGUCUUAUAAACGAUGUCAACGGUAAACCAGAAUUUAAUAUUAGUGUGAAAGAAACAGAUCAAAAAGAAAUUUUUUUGAAAGAUGUCAGCUCUAAAGGUGUUUGGCAAAAAGUGUUGUAUCCUAUAGAGAAAAUGCGAAAACAGGCAAAGACCAUUAAAAUGUUUCCCGAUUUCAUCACUGGUGAUGAUUUGUUUGGAUUGACUGAACCUGCUGUCUUAAGAAUAAUUGAAUCACUACCUGGUGUGGAAACACUGAAUGAUUACAAUUUCCGCUAUGGACGCUCACCUUUUCUUGAGCUUCCUUUGGCUAUCAACCCAACUGGCUGUGCUCGGUCAGAGCCUAAAUUACGCACUCACUUUAAAAGGCCCCAUACUCUCCUUCAUUCAAGCACUACCACAAGAACAUCAUUUGUACAUUCUGCAUUUACUGGAAUGGAAACUUCAUCACCUUAUGUCAAACAGUUUGUUCAUUCCAAAUCUUCACAGUACAGGAAGAUGAAGAUUGAAUGGAGAAAUAAUGUGUACCUUGCACGCAGCCGUAUACAGGGUCUUGGUUUGUAUGCAGCUAAGGAUUUAGAAAAGCACACUAUGGUUAUUGAAUACAUAGGGCACAUUAUUCGCAAUGAAAUAUCAGACAGAAACGAGGCCAGAUAUGACGCUCAAAAUCGAGGAGUGUACAUGUUUAGGUUGGAUGAAAACAGGGUAAUUGAUGCAACAUUGAGUGGAGGUCUUGCGAGGUACAUAAAUCACUCUUGCAAUCCAAACUGUGUGGCUGAAAAUGUACAGAUAGACAGAGAAAACAAAAUUCUCAUCAUCACCAACAGGAGGAUACCAAGAGGAGAAGAGUUAUCCUAUGACUAUAAAUUUGAUGUUGAAGAUGAUCAGCAUAAAAUACCAUGUUUAUGUGGAGCUCCCAACUGCAGAAAAUGGAUGAAUUAAAUUCUCACAUUUUUUUUAUCUGAUUGUUGUAAAUUAUUGUUUUAUAGUAUGAAGAAGAAAAAAAAUUGUAAAUAAGAUUUUUAUAUUAGACUUAUAUCUUUCACAUAAAUGCUGAGAAAUUUUGGGGGGAUUAUUUUCUGUCAUCUCCCAAACGGAUUAUCAAAAAGUGCUGGCAAGUGCUUGAUUUUAAAGAAAUAAAUCAGACUUUAUAAUCAUAGUUUUCAUUACUUCAAUCAUCAUAAAUAUUUAUUUUCCUUGUUUUCAAAUGAAGAAAAAUAUCUCGAAUUUUAUUGUAUUUUUUGGCUUAAUAUAAUUUUAUUUAUAAAAAAAAAAUCCUAUUAUAAAAUUUGUUCUCUUUUGUGUCUUUAAUUGUGAAUAAUUUUAUUAUGCGGAAUAUUUUAAAAAUUGCCACCAUGAUCAUAAAAAUGUGGAUUUUGUAUUAUAUUUUGUGGUUGUAAUGAUAUUUUAUAUAAAGAAUUCAUACUUCGAAUAAUACUUAUUCAUUUUAUUGUAUUAAAUAUUUGAAAACUUUUCAUGAACCUUUUCUUUAUUUAAAAGUAUUAAAGUUGAAGUGAUUUUAAGCUGAAUUUUGAUUAUUUUAAAAUUUUUCUAAGAUAUUAUAAAUCUAAAUAUACGGUUUUCUGCUAGUUUUUAUGUAUUAAUAUCAUUAUUUCGAAAUAAUUUUUCUUUUUAUAGAAAUCAUAUUUCUUAUUGUAUUUUUAUAAUCUGAACAUUUUAAAAGUGAAAAAAAAGUUGCAUCCAUAAUAAUAAAAACAAAGAAGUGAAAAAUUGUUUUAUUUUGUGUGCAAUUAUGUUUUUGAGCAGAAAAUCUGUUAUUGAUUUUUAAUUCUAUUUUAUGUAAUUUUUUUUUGUUGGAAAUGUGUAGAUUAUUUUUUAAAGAAAAGAAGAAAAAAAUGAUUUAUAAAGCUUUGUUGGUUUUGAAAACAGCAAUUUGCUAUUUUUUUAUCCUUGUUUCAAUCGGAAGCAAAUUUAGAAAAUUCUUCAGAUAUAUAUUCUAAACAAGAUCAACAGAUAUUUGUGUUUUUGAAAAUUAAAAUAUUCCUUAAUAUUUUAUGAUUGCAGGUGACUUAUUUUUUUACUUAACUGUGGCCAACUGUAAGCUAUAAAAUUUAUUUAAUAUAUUUAAGGAAAAAGGCUUUGAAUCUUUUAUUUUUCUAUUGUUUGUAAUGUUUUUUAAACUGUGUUCAGAAUCUUUCAUUAAAUAUCUAUAUCAUUUUGAAAUUUAACAUUCUUUCAUGUACACAUUUUUAGCAUAAAAUGUAAAUCCAAUCAAACAGUUUUAUCAGAAAUUUAAAAUUAUCUUAAAGUUUUCUUGUUUUUAAAAUAAAUAAUUUUAAUAAAAUUCUUUUUAGAUUUAAUUCUUUCUCAGUUUUUGUUAUUUUGUUUGCAAAUUGAUAAAAUUUGAAAAUUAAAAGAAUGUUUUAUAAAUUUUGAUCAAAAUUUUUAAUUGAAGAAAUUCAUUUAAGUAUUUCUCAUUUACGUUAUGUUCUUAUUUAAUCAUUUUUGUGAAAUUUUAAUGCAAUUUUUGACUGCAAAUUAUUAUUCUUAACUGUAAGAAAUUCAGUGUUUCCUUAAUUAAUAAAGACUUGCUUUGCUGUGCCUGUAUUUAGUGUUAUAAAUUUUUUAAACCCUAUUCAUAUUUUUUCCAUUUGUUUUAUCUUUUUCUUUUUUCAAUUGAAACAUAUGUCUUUAUGUAUCAAUUCAGACGCACAAUAGUUGUUUAAUAAUCUUGUUCAAAAAGAUUAUUUAUCACUAUUCAGUAUAAAUUUUUGUGAAACUUCAAAAAUUUUUUGUUGUUACCUACGUUUUAAAGAUUUGCAGAUGUCUUUAUGCCAAUUUUAAUGUAAUGGAACUAGUUCAUCAGAAUAUUUUAUUUAGCAUCUUAAUUUUUUUUUAAAAUUAGUAUAUUUUCAAAUUUGGGAAAUAAAUUGCUAUUUUUUUAAUAAAUCUCCAAUAAUCAAAGGCCUUAAAGAAAACAGGUCAUGUGUCAGACUAAAUUUGUUGAUGGUAGAUCUAUUGAGGGAGAAUGCGUGUUUUGUCCAUAAAAAUGACAUAAGUUGUGUAAAAAAUUUUAUUUUAGCAUUAAUGACUUAAAUCAUUCAUUAUGUAAUUAUUUUAAAAUGUCAUUUUAAACAUUGUUUAAAAACAAAAUCGCUCUGUAAGAUUUUAUUUAGAUUGUUUCCUAAUCAUUACCUUACUUAUAUACAUAUUUUCAGAAUUCUUAACAAAGAAGCGCCCCAUUAGGGAUCAUUAAAUGUGGAAAAUACACAAUAUUUUCUAAACCUGACAAAUCAAUUUUGAGGUAGGAUUAAAAACUUUAAAACCAGUUGAAUAGCUGGAGGAAAUUUAGAAGAGGUAAAAGGCUACUAUUAGAAGCCUUUUCAAAUUUCAUCCGAAAAAGAAAAAGAUUUUGAUGUUUUUAAACCCUCUUUCGUCAACAACAAUUUUUCCCCAGGAUCAGAAGCGAAUUUAUUUAUGUAUUUUAAUUUUUUAGGGAUUAGUUUUUAAUAAUUAUAUACCAAAUAAUUUUAACCACUUUAGUUAGAUAUUUUAAUUGUUUUAGUUAUAGCAUUGUUCUUAAAUAUUGUUAAGCAUUAUUUAUGCAUUUUAUUAGAGUUUUGAUCAAUAAAUGUAGAAAGAAAAAUUUUAUUUAAAUUAAAAAAAUUCCUAGUUUUUAAAUUUUUUUUUCGUCUAAAAAUUACGUCGUAUAAAAUUAUUAAUGAUAACUAAUUAUAUCAAAAUGGAUGUGAAACUUUUUUGAGAUAUUAGUGACAAAAAUGCAAUCUCCCUCUAUAGAAUUAUCAUUGCUGUGAAGAAAUUUUAGACCAUUUAAACUAAAAAUUUCUGCUACUUGUUUUAGUUCCAUAUUCUAUUUAAUCAUUGA